ACACUACUGUCUUUGUACCAGCCUAUUGUUAACUGGAUUAGCAUUAGAAUCACCAUGGCUGAAUUGGCAUUGUACAACUAUUGAGUUCAGAUUCCAGGUUGCAUAUGCACAGCAAUUGUACAAACAAACCUUUUUAAACUUGUUGGAUUAGUAGUUAAAGAUUGAUAGCCGAUUCUGCCUAAAUUCUCUAGAAAUUGAGGCUUUGUGUUGAAAAGUGUUCAGAACCUUGGAGGAGUCAUCACCAUGAAGACGUCAAGCUUAGUAUGGUUUCUUCUAAGCCUAUGCUGUGUCUGUAUUGCAACGGAUACAUAUACACAGAAAGAAUGUUGGGCUGAAAAGCACACCUCUGACUCUUGCCAAAAAGUGUUCUGUGAACCUUGGAAGAGGUGUGUGGCUGGCAGCUGUGUCUGUAAGCCACCUUACCAGUGUCCUAAGAAUACAACCAUGGUGGGUGCAUGCACAGAAUCACAGAGGUCCUUCCUCACUUACUGUCAGUUAAAGAGUGCUGAAUGUACUAAUUCUGCUUAUAAAUUCUCAUCUAAUUCUCCAUGUAAAGGGAAAUUUACAUUAUCUGUGAAGGAACAAAGCGGCAAAAUUGUCAACAAUAAUGGCAUUGUGAUAAUAACAUUACCCGGUGACACCAAGGAACACCAUGUGUGUCCACAAAAAUGGACAGUCACAGAAGCCAACGUAGCCUGCAGACAACUUGGAUUUCCCCAAGGUGCAUUGACAAAACCACUUCAGUCCAAUCUAACUGGCGGACAACAAGAACAACAAUCUGAAUGUCUUCAUGUAACCUGCAGAGGGACUGAGACCUCCAUGGCUGAAUGUGUAUUGAAGAAAGACAAAGUCAAAGGAAACCUGUGGGCUGCGGUCAACUGUUAUAAAGAUACAAGAAGCUGUACUGAUAAUGAAUUCCCGUGUGUGAAUGGGAAAUGUAUUCCUUUAAAUACCACCUGUGAUGGGGAUAAUGAUUGUGGAGAUCUGAGUGAUGAACUGUGCUGUUCAAAAUGCCGUAAAGACAGUUUUCACUGUUCAUCAGACAUCUGUAUUCCAAAGCAUUACAAGUGCAACGGUUAUAAAGACUGCCUCAAAGGAGAGGAUGAACUCAGUUGUGAAGGUAUAAAAAACACGAACGUGUAUAUUUGUGGGCGCCUGGAUCUGGAGGCAGUGUUCCAGGAGCUGUGUUACAGGUUGGCGGUGCCGUAUCUAGACCUCCUAGCGUCCAGGUUUAACAAAAAAACGGAGAGGAUAAAGAUGGAUGCCAUUCCUGUGAUCCUCAUAACUCUGGAUAGGCCCAGGAAUCAGCCUCUUGAAUCUAUCAGAGAUAUUUCCUCUUACUGCAAGAUGCUCCCCAAGAAACUAGCACGGGUUUAUGCAUGCGUGCACAUGGUACCACACCGCCCUGUUUACGGGAUUAUGGGCAAACAUGCAUGUGGUAUGUGGAUGCUAGUGUUCAUUCGUGCAGACAUGUGCGCACUGGAAAUUCUGUGUAAAGACUCUUUGUCAUCCAUGAUGGUCCCCAUAAAGAAGAACCAGCUGCUCUCUCCAGCAUUUCUAGGUGGCUUAAACAGAUCAUCAUCCAAGUUUAUUUAUGGUCUCAAGGACUGGGUUCCAUCCUUGCCUGUCAGUUGCUCCCUAAGUUUCCACGCUGGCUGGGGACCACGGCAGCCUUCAUGUUUACAGUACCAGCUGCACAUCUCCUCCUCCUUCCUGGAUAACCACACCACCCGCCUGCAGGACCACCAAGAACCUGAGGCAGUAGUGGAAAAUGCUGGCAAUAAUGACAAGAACGAUGAUGAUGAGCUGGUUAACGCAGUAAAUUUUGACAUUGAAGCAGAGAGAAAGCUUAUAAAAGAAAGUAUUAAGGGCCUGUCUUGUGGGGUGUCUAUAAAACAAUCUGAAAACAGGAGAACCAAAAGAAUCAUUGGAGGGCAAAAAGCAAGUCAGAAUCAGUUUCCCUGGCAAGUGGCAAUUAAAGAUGGAGCCAAAGUUAACUGUGGUGGAAUUUACAUUGGGGGCUGCUGGGUGUUGACAGCUGCCCACUGUGUCAGGGCAGACCAGCCACAGAAGUAUCGCGUAAUCAUUGAGCUCCUGGAUCGUCUGUCUGUGUCUCAGAAUGUUGAUUCAUUCCCUGUGAAAGCUGUGAAAGUACAUGAGAAAUACAACUCUGCCACCUAUGAAAAUGAUAUUGCUUUGCUGGAAGUUGUGAACAUAUACAAUGAGCCAGCUUGUAUGCAAGUGGACAACAAUCUAGUGCCUGCAUGUGUUCCUUGGUCCACUCAUCUGUUCAAGGCCGGAGAAACGUGUGUGGUUUCAGGAUGGGGCAGAGAAGAAGGUUUUACUAAGGUAUUUCAUCUAAAGUGGGGACAUAUUAGGCUGAUGAAUAACUGUACUACAGUCUACCAAGGUCGAUUUCUUGAUGGAAUGGAGUGUGCAGGGACAUAUGAUGGAUCCAUAGAUGCCUGCAAAGGUGACUCAGGAGGGCCCCUAGUUUGCUUUGAUGCUCAUAAUGCGGCCUACGUUUGGGGAGUUGUGAGCUGGGGUGAGAACUGUGGAGUGGCUGGUUUCCCUGGAGUGUACACAAAAGUUGCAAGCUAUUUCGAAUGGAUAUCCCGACAUGUUGGAAGAGCUCUCAUAUCUAAAUAUAAUGUUUGAAAUGUCCAAACUUUACAAUGUGGAGAUUGCUUAUUCACAGAAUAUCAACAUUUGGAAAAUAUAUUAUGCCUUUUUAACGAUUACUUCAUGAUUUGUAACUUUUCCUGUUGCACAAUAAAUCUGUCCUAUUUCCU